CCCUACUUUUCUCCAUCCUCCUCUCUCUCUCUCACUCUCUUCUCUUCUCCCCUUUUCUCACCCUCAGUAGGGUUGCAGCAGAUAAACGCCACCUCUCUCUUUCUCUCUCCUCCAUUUCUCUCUCUUCCGCAGCCAUUAAAACUCCUUCAAGCUUUUCUUCGAAUCCACCACUGUUUCUCAUCACCUUCAUCGUCUCUCUCACCUCGGAAAAUCGCAGCCGAAAAUGGGCGCUUCACUUCCUCCUAAGGAAGCCAAUCUCUUCAAGCUCAUCGUUAAAUCCUAUGAAACAAAGCAGUAUAAGAAGGGAUUGAAGGCAGCGGAUGCCAUUCUGAAAAAGUUUCCGGACCAUGGAGAGACUCUGUCCAUGAAAGGGCUAACUCUGAAUUGCAUGGACCGUAAAGCAGAAGCUUAUGAACUUGUUAGACUUGGAUUAAAGAAUGAUCUCAAAAGUCAUGUUUGUUGGCAUGUGUAUGGCCUUCUGUAUCGCUCAGACAGGGAAUACAGGGAGGCUAUUAAAUGUUACAGAAAUGCCCUGAGGAUUGAUCCUGAUAACAUUGAGAUUUUGCGGGAUUUAUCUCUCUUGCAGGCUCAAAUGCGUGACUUGACAGGAUUUGUGGAAACAAGGCAGCGGCUUUUGAGCUUGAAACCCAAUCAUCGCAUGAAUUGGAUUGGCUUUGCAGUUGCACACCACUUAAACUCAAAUGCAUCAAAAGCAAUUGAAAUUCUAGAGGCAUAUGAAGGAACACUGGAGGAUGAUUAUCCACCAGAUAAUGAACGAUGUGAGCAUAGUGAAAUGCUGCUGUAUAAGGUGUCUCUGUUGGAAGAUUGUGGAUCCUUGGAAAGAGCUCAUGAAGAACUACAGCGGAAGGAAAUCAAAAUCGUUGAUAGAUUAUCUUACAAAGAGCAGGAAACUUCUCUUCUGCUGAAACUUAAUCGUCUGGAAGAAGCUGCGAAACUAUACAGAAUGCUGCUCUCCAUGAAUCCUGACAAUUAUAGAUACUAUGAAGGUUUGCAAAGAUGCCUUGGACUAUAUUCAGAAAAAGGACAGUACACUUCUGAAGAGAUAGAGAAACUCGAUGCUUUGUAUAAAUCACUGCAGCAAGAAUAUAAAUGGUCAUCUGCCGCUAAGCGGAUUCCACUUGAUUUCCUGCAAGGGGAAAAGUUUCAAGAAGCUGCAGACAACUAUAUCCAGCCUUUGCUUACCAAGGGUGUUCCUUCUUUGUUUUCAGAUCUGUCUCCUCUGUAUGAUCAACCUGGAAAGGUAGACAUUCUUGAAAAGUUGGUAUUGGACUUGGAGGGUUCACUCAGGAAAACAGGAGGUUAUCCUGGAAGAACCGAAAAAGAGCCUCCUUCUACCUUCAUGUGGACUUUGUUCUUGGUGGCACAGCAUUACGAUAGACGUAGUCAAUACAGCACCGCUCUUGAAAAAAUUGAUGAAGCGAUAAAUCACACCCCUACAGUGAUUGAUCUUUACUCUGUUAAGAGCCGAAUCUUGAAGCAUGCUGGUGACUUGAAGGCAGCUGCUGCUUUAGCAGAUGAAGCCCGAUGCAUGGAUCUUGCUGAUCGCUAUGUAAACAGUGAAUGUGUCAAGCGUAUGCUGCAAGCUGAUCAGGUGACUUUAGCUGAGAAAACAGCUGUCUUGUUCACAAAAGAUGGUGAUCAGCAUAAUAAUUUGUAUGACAUGCAGUGCAUGUGGUACGAGCUUGCAUCUGGUGAGAGCUAUUUCAGACAAGGUGAUCUUGGACGUUCUUUAAAAAAAUUUCUAGCCGUGGAGAAGCAUUAUGCUGAUAUAACUGAGGAUCAAUUUGAUUUCCACUCUUACUGUCUAAGAAAAAUGACUUUGAGAACGUAUGUGGAAAUGCUGAAGUUUCAGGACCGAUUGCAUUCACACUCGUAUUUUCAAAAGGCUGCAGCUGGGGCAAUCAGAUGCUACAUUAAGCUGUUUGAUGCCCCCUCCAAGUCAGCAACUGAAGAAGAUGAGGAGAUGUCAAAAUUGCUUCCUGCUCAGAAAAAGAAAUUGCGGCAAAAGCAGAGAAAGGCUGAAGCCCGAGCUAAGAAAGAGGCGGAAAGUAAAAAUGAGGAAGCAACUGCAAGCAAUGUCUCGAAAUCUGGAAAAAAACAUGUUAAAGCAGUGGAUCCUGAUCCUCAUGGAGAGAAACUUUUGCAGGUCGAGGACACAAUGAUGGAAGCUACAAAGUAUCUGAAGCUGUUGCAGAAAAAUUCAGCUGAUUCUUUAGAAACGCACUUGCUUUCUUUUGAAGUAAAUAUGAGGAAGCAGAAGGUUUUACUUGCUUUGCAGGCUGUAAAGAAUUUGUUAAGGUUGGAUGCUGAAAACCCAGAUUCACAUCGCUGUUUGAUUAGAUUUUUCAACAAGGUGAGCUCUAUGCCUGCUCCUGCCUCUGAUGCCGAGCGGCUUGUCUGGAAUGUCUUAGAAGCAGAGCGUCAAUCCAUAAGUCAAGUGCAUGAGAAAUCUCUGAUGGAUGCAAACAUGUCGUUCUUGACGAAGCAUAAAGAUUCCUUGAUGCACAGAGCAGCAGUCGCAGAAAUGCUUAAUCUUUUGGAACCAAGUAAAAAGUCUGAGGCUGUUAAGUUGAUUGAAGAGUCAUCAGAUGAUGUGCUUUCGAUAAAUGGAGCUUUUGGCCGUGUUGGGCAGUGGAAGCUUAAGGACUGUAUUGCCGUUCACAAGCUCUUGGAAAGUGUUUUGGUUGAUAAUGAUGCUGCAUCCAGAUGGAAGACACGAUGUGCCGAAUUUUUUCCUCAUUCUGUGUAUUUUGAAGGCUGCAAGAGCUCUGCUGUCUCGAAUGCCUAUCUAAACACCUCUUGCGAAAAUUCUGAAAAUGGGGCUGCAAAUCAUCUGGAUACUGGCUCUGUCACAAUAAAUGGGAAAUUGGAAGACCUGAAGAUUUAACGAGCAUGAUAACACCCGUUUGCAGACUGAUCUACGAGUAAAUGAGAUGCCUAUUUAAACAUGACUUGGGUCAGAAUGUCGGGAGAGAAAAAGGGGGUCGUGUUCCCGUGGAGUCAAAGACAAUCUAUUCCUGCCUGAUAUGCAUGUCUUAAGUUAUUGAAUCAUCAGAAGAAGGUCUGGGCUCUCAUGUGCAAGUCAUGCACCACACGAUUAUCAAUGUGCCUUGCAAAUGUGUAUAAUUAGGUCCAUUAUGACUAGGAUUUUUUCAUUUUUUGCCCCUCAAGAUGUGCUUUCAAUGAGAUCCUUGCUUUUGGGUUAUGAUGAUUUCAUACUCCACAUUUGGAGUUUGAUUCUUCUUUUCAAGGAACUCUGGAGGGUUACAGAAGUUUUUGGAUUACAGGGUUCCUUUUUGUGAUCAUCAAAAAAUAGAUGGAGAUGAACUACUCCGAAUUGUUGUAUUGUUUUUCAGAUAUUCUAAAUUAUCUUUUUUGUAUAAACGGCUUAAACGCCAGUCCAUGUGAAAUUUUUUGGUCAAUUCUAUAAUCUUAGUAGAAUUCUUAUUUAGGUA